AUGGGGUCCACUCAAUUCGGGAACUUUCACAACUUCUGUCGCGACUCAACCCUACCAGUCUGCAAUCUUUUCACCAAUGAAACCGCGGCUGUUGCCUUCGGCGCGUGCAAUCUGACCGGCAUUCCUCUCAGUGGGGAGAGGCAUCUUCGGAACUUGGGUUCGAUUCUACUGGCCUUCAUCGCCAUUGUCUUGACCGCGGGUAUGAUAUGGAGAUCGGACAAGAAGCAAGCUGCUGUCGGCCGGAGGGAAAUGCAAUUGUUUUUGCUCGGUUUUAUCGUCAUUGAGAUCUGCGAGAUCUUCACAGUGGGUGGCUUCCCCCUGAGCGACGCAGUCCGAAAGGGAUUUUCUGCAGUACACAUCGCCGCAAUCACGGCUACUUCCUGGGUCCUUCUUCUGAACGCCCUUGUCGGCUUCCAGUUGCUUGACGACGGCACCGCAGCUUCCAUCGGUCUCAUAUGCGCAUCUGCUGCGGCUCUCUUCAUCGGGACAGGCUAUAUUGCCUUGGACACCGGAUUCGAUUGGACUGGCCGUUUCCAGUCAAGUUAUGACCCACCAAAUCGCAACAUCGCCCUCUAUGUUCUAUACCAACUCUUCCCACUCGUCUGCCUGGUCUUGUUCUACCUCCUGGAAGCCGUACUAGUGCUUCGGGUCUUGGGCGAGUUCCGACCAAUGCUGUAUCUCACCGGUGCUGGCGUCUUGUUCGCAAUUGGUCAGGUUUUCAACUAUGUGAUCAGCACCCAUUUGUGCCAGGCCGCCGAUGGCAAGAUCAAUGGAGCUUUAUUCGAAACUCUCUUCACCCUCCUUUCUGUCUCCGGGGUCUGGGCCUUCUGGAGCAGUAUCACUGAAGACGACUGGCCUCUGCCCGUGGGUGGCGGUGGUUACAACUGAUCUGAUAAUUAUGCCAUUUGCAUCAUCUAUGACUUUGCUUCGUCAGUUUCUUGCGUGCGAAUUUUAACGUCUCUAAUUAUUUUUCUGCUACACAUAGCUUUCUUCACGCUUGUUUACGAGUCUGGAUCUUGAACUGGGAUUGUCGACAUUGUGAUACCCCAUUUCCUUGAGUCAUGUUUCACGAUUCACCUGCCAUCUCUUACUUUUACGGUGGUUAUCAUGCCUUGCUUUAUGACUCGUUCCAGCCUAUCUAUGUUUUAUGAAUUUACCUGGAGUUCCGAUCUCCUAGUCCAGCUACAGGACGGCC